CCAUAGCGAGAAACAAUAUGGCGGAUAAAAACAGACAUGUAAUCGUUUCAUAACGUUCUUGCUCGCUUAUCUGAUGGGAGAAAACCAAGCGAUGGAUCAACUAAGAAGCAAUCAUGGCUGAUAGUGGAAAUUAUUCUUUUUCCAGCCACAACCUUCCAUCACCUGCAAUGAGGCAGUCUUUCAAUAGACCUGCGAUGAUGUUACAGAACAGCAAAUUACAGUCACCGGAAAACAGAUUUGGUUUAUCGCCAAACAAGGCAGCUGAAAGUCAAGACGAUAAACCUUUUACAACAAAGGAAGGAGAUACUCAAAGGGUGAAAUUUGCGCCUCAUCCACCAUCUUCACCGCGAGCAAACGCUCCUGAUUCUAAAGUCCAUCGCGUUGCGGGGUUAAAUUCAAAAGGAGUCAAGAGAUCCCGCCACGAAUCGCCAAGGAACUCUCCAUCUGGAUCAGAAGAUGAAAGGAGAAUUCAUAAACAAGUUAAUAAUGUGAUACUUGAUCCUUUGCCCAUGAGGCGAGGAAGUACAGGGAGUUUGAAUAGUAUGGGGUCCAGCGAAUCUUUGGGUAGUCCUCGUCAAAGAAAUCGAAAUCUUAGGGGAGUAGAACCUCUACGAGAUAUCGUUUCCGAUAAAGAUGUCACUGGUAACUUUAAAUCAUACCAGAAUAGAGCAAAAACUGACGAUUCUGGUAGAAAAAUUUUGAAAAAUGUGGUCCAUCCUAUGAGAGUAACACAUGACCAAACUGCAAAAGGAGAAAGAAAUGUUCAAGAAACAUUACCUGUGAAAGUGAAUUCUGAGCGGUCAGUUUCUUUAAACAAUAAAACUCCUUCUGAAGAUGAGGUCACACUAUCAUCUUCUAAUGACAGUUUGACAAGUGUGAGUGACAGCGAGGAAGAUUUAGUAAGUGAUGGCGACAUACCACGAAACAGGAAAUUAGAAUUAGGGAAACAUAGAGAUCCUAAUUCAACUCUUCCCACCGUUCCUGGUCAGCUCAAUGAUAGAACUCUUGCAUCAAACUCAACUGGUUUGUAUGAAAGUAUUCAUCCACAGAAGGUUGAUAAUGUGCGGAAUAACUCAACCUCAGAUUUACGCAAUCUCAGUAAGGAACUGGAGAGAGUUGCUACUAAUGAUGAGAAGUAUGGAUCAGAUACAGACCUGUCUUUGCGAUCAACAGGACAGGCCUCAAAUCUCUCCACCAUGUCCAUGUUGCCGCGUGUGUCUGCACAGACAGCACGGACAAGAAGUGGCAACUUUUUAAAAGAGGAAAUGGAGCGGUAUCUGCCUGACCAUCAAAUUGGUGUGUUUGUAGCUACCUGGAAUAUGCAUGAAGAAAAGGUUAGUUGUAUGUUUAAACAAGUUCCAGUAAUAUGUCAUAGACAUGACUAUCUCAUAUGGAAGACCAUGAAUUGAACAUGAUAUAUGUUUUUUAUCCCUAAAGUCAGUUUAUAUUAAUCUUGUGACAAAUGAGAAGGCUAUCAGUCAACAUUGAUAACAUUAGUCAGCUAGGAAUAAUGACAGGUUAAAAGUGUGCAUUCAGCCUGUUUGGUAGUUGUUGGAAACGUUUAGGAGCACUGGUGUAGAAGUGGGUUGUGGGUGUGUCUGACUAUGCUAUAAUUUGAAACUAUUUGCAGGCACCUGCUAGUAAGAUGUGCGAUGUUAGCACAAUAAUAAUUAUUAUUAAAUAUAAUAAUUAUAAUUAAUAAUUAUUAGAAUUAUGUUACAUAAAGAGCUAUAAAAUUUCAAAUAUUCAAAUAAUGACGCAUUUAAAAGCACACACUUUGUGUGGAAAUAAAAUCACCAUGUUUAAGAAUUGAAAGGUAAUGUAGAUUAAGUAAUUGAUGAAAAAUAAACAUUAAAAUUUAACAUAAGAGAUAUGCUUGAUUAAAAGAAUUGAGAUAGAUAGUGUAUGUUUGUCCUCCCGUAUGCUUUUGCCAUAUGUCACUAACUAAAGACAACCAGUGAUAAUGUUAGCUUUUUUAUUGUCAGCAUAAAAAAUGGUAUGAUUAUUUUUCUAUCAAAACAAACUUGUAGUCAGCUUUGCUUUCAUGAAAACUGUAAAAUGAGGUGUUAACUUAAAAUGAUACAACGUAGUCUUUUAUUUGUGUUCUCUACAGGAAGUUCCGUUUUACUUGGAUAAUUUUCUGAUACCAGAUUCCACUGACUUCCUACAAGAUCUUUAUGUUAUUGGUUUGCAGGAAAGCACAUCAAUGAGGUAAUAGAUUUUGGUUUCACGUUAUUGCUGUUAAAUGAUGCAGGCCGGGAUAAGAUCAUUGCAACAACAUUUUUAAAGUCUAUUACAGCCUUAGGUGGCAAGCAAGCUCUCUGGGACACUCUGAGAGCUUGAACAACAUCUCUGGAAUUUGAAUAUAUCUGCAUCAAAAAAGUCGAUGUGAAAUGUUGAUUGGUGGAGGUGACAUUAGUAAUGAUGUCAUCACCCAUGGCACAUGUUUCUCAAUGGUUGUUUACAUUUGCACUCGUUUCCACUUUACACUGAUUGGCAGAAAUCUGACAGCUCAGUCGACGGGGAGCCACAGGGAGAUUAGAGGUGGAAGUCAAAUUCCAGAGACAUAGCUGCAAGCUCUCUUUCCAUUUCCCGCCCCACUGCCAGAGUGCCCCAGAGAGCUUGCUUGCAGGCUUUUACUGCUUAAGUUCUUAUUUUUGCUUCCAUGGACCAUAGUGUUUUUCCUGAAUUUCCAAACAGAGAGCAUACCGAAUAUUGAAGCUGCAGGGAAAAGGCCUCCAAGAGAUUGUUAUUAUUAAUAAUUAGUAAUAACGAUCUCUCGUUAUUAUUAAUAAAUAGUAAUAACAAUCUCUUGGAGGCUUUUACCUUGUAGCUAAUUAGGAAUUAUUUGAAAUCACUAAUGUAAACAAUCAAAUUUAUAAUUUAAGAGAUUAUUAUUAAUUGUCUAUGUUAUUGAUUGGUGCAAUACUGAUUUCAAAUAAUUUCUGAGGGGCACUUUUCCUCAUAUUUUCAAUAAUUAUUUUGUUCUUUGUUUUGAAUUUGAGGGAACAUAUUAGGUUUAGUAAUUAAGAACUAUUGAAUUCAGCUUUCAUAUCAUCUGAAGAAUUAUGGAGAUUGAGGAGGGCGUUAUCCAUCGAGGCCAUAUUUAUUGUUAUUUAUAUUAAUACCCUUAUUCCAGGAAAGAGUGGGAGAUACGCUUGCAGGAGACCCUUGGUCCAUCUCAUGUACUGAUGCACUCAUGUUCUUUUGGAUUGCUGCACUUGGCUGUGUUUAUCAGGAGGGAACUUGUUUGGUUUUGUUCUGGUAAGUGUUCUUUUCCAGUAGACAAGUACCCCUAAAUAUACUCAGAAUUAAUUCCCCGCUCCCUCCCAUUAAAAUCAAGAGUGGGAAAACGGCAUGAUUUGACCUUUGAUUUUUUGGGGAGUGGGUUCCUUUUCCAUUCUAUUCUGUUCAAGAUUGUAGCUUGCCACUCCCCGUGAAUGAAAUACACCCGGGGGAACAGCGAGACAGUGGAGCCAAGCUUUUUAAGAAAACAACCUGAUGGCCAUCCAGGCUUGAGCCUGAACCAUACAAACUCAAAGUUCAAGGUAUCACUUCUUGGCCAGGGUACCUCAUGAUACAAGGUAGAUUGCAACAUCUUUUUCAAAUGGUUAGAUGGGAUUAUUGAGACACAAACGGAUGAAGAAAACUCAUUACGAUUUGAUACUCAACAAACUGCAAGGCUGUUAUGAGAGAAAAACCAUACGCCUUGCUAAAGAAGUGUAAGAUUUGUGCAAAAACUAAGACGUCCUUGUUGCCCAAAGGCAAGAGUUGGUCAUCUUGGCCACAAGGCAUCACUAGCAUGCUGCCCUGUAUCUGUUUUGACCUUGUAUGUAUAAUGUAUUUGUGAUUACUUAUUAUUCAUGGAUUUUUUCUGUAUCAAAUAGCUGUGACUGAGGACAGUGUAUCAACCAGAGUUGGACACAUGAUUAAGACCAAGGUUAAGGAAGUGUCUUUUUAUCUACAGUUAAAUCUCUUCAAAUGUAGGAGGCAAAUGGUUUAAGGCAGUAUGCACUUCAAAGCUUUCAUAAUUUGUGUCAUUUCUCAUUUAAACUUGAGUUUUGUAGGUCUGUGUUUCCCCUAAGAGUUUUGGUAAAAAAUUAACACCUUUUGGAGGAAAUGUUUCAAACACUAGAACUUGCUACUGAAAUUUAAAUUAGACUCAAUUAUCAGUAAGUAACUUCUUGUGAACUGAUGAUUAAGGAUGUCAUUAGACAAAAAGAGCAUUUAACUACUAAAAUAUUUUUGGAAGAACCAACAGUAGUUGGAAGGGUAUGAACAAAUUUUUAAUGAAGUUGAAGUUUAAAGGUUUUUAGUUUUGGCAAAGGGAGUGAAUGGUUAAGUGCUCUAGAUUUAAACUCAGUCUCCCCAGGUUUAAAUCCUCAGUCUGGCCUCUAGCUUACUAAAGUUGGUCUUGGUAGUGCCAAGUUCAACUCCUCUGGUACACUUGUAUUUAUAGCUAGCUGGCUCCAAUUUGGCCAGCUGGGGCUCUUACUUUCUGCAUUUAGUAUUAAUAAACUAAUUUCUGUCCUUAUUUGUGAAAACUACUAGGUGACCAGAAAUUGUGUCACAUACAGCUGUACCCCUACAAUAUUUACAAAGGCAUUUUUUUAGCUUUUGAAGUGUGGUUGUGGUUAAAAAGCAAUGCAAUAAUCGUUCAUUCCUGUUUGUGUUUUAAUGCUUCUUGCAGGGCGCAUUGGCUGUUUCCCUCAGUAUAUUUGGAACAUCAUUCCUCUUUAUUGAUUCACAUUUUACUUGUAAGUUUUCUGUUGAAUAGAGAAAAUUAUUGCAAUAGUCACAAUUGGUGAUAAAAUUAGUUGAGACACUUUAUCCUAAAGGGCCUUUGUGAUGUUUUGCCAUCUUCAACAGGGGAAAAUGAAGCUGGCUUACUAUCCCCCAUUCCUUCCAGUUGAUGUCACACAAGCUGUAUGCUGCUUGCAGCUUUGCCUCUGGCUCACUUAUUUUCUUGUGCCUCAUACUCUGAUCUCCACCACUUGGAAUGGAAAGUUUUCUUGCAGGCCAACUUUGUUGCUGUGUGUGAUACAUAUUUGUUCUAUCUGAUAAUUAAGAGCAAUUGUAGGUCUGGUAAUGUGGAAUGUAAAAUGAAUCAUUUGAUAAUAAUAUUUUUAUCGUUUGUUAAAUUACCCUGCAGCUGAUGAGGGAAAAUCUUUGGAUCGUGUCAAUGAUUACAAGACAAUCUGCAAGUCUCUUUCGUUAUCUCCUGAUAACAAACCCAAUGCAAGCAAUGGUUAGUAGAGCUUGGAUUUUCCAUGACCUAUAUUUGAACUUGAUGUGUACUACACCAAUUGAUCAUGCAUUCUCUUUCAAACUCUGGAAAAUUCGGAUUGAUUCUUCAACAAUUUGCAAGUUAGUACAGCCAUUCAUUUUCUACAGGCUAGGUCUUAGUUUUACAUUUGUCCGUCACAUUUUUCUUUCUUCUUUCAGAUCAGACAGAUCUUACGGCAAACUUUGAUCGAGUGUUUUGGUUGGGGGAUUUUAACUUCCGGGUGACUUUAGAAAGAUCAAAAGUGGAUGAGAUACUUGAGAAAUAUAAAGAUCAGGAAAAUCCAGAGUGUAAGGUUGGUAUAAUCCUUUGAAACAUUUCAAAACUUUUAUUUGCCCUGCUGCUUUGAACUUCAGAACUUAAAGUGAACUCGAAAUUGUUACCAACUAAACUUUUCCACUGCUGAAUUUUUUCCAGGAGUUAUUGGAAAAAGACCAACUGUUAGAUCUCAUGGGACAAGGUGACUUUUUUUUUUCCUUUUUUUUUUGUCAUUGUAUGUCAAAGGUUUUCACUUUUUUAUCUUAAAAGUAACUUCGUUAUUCCUUUUGUUUUGCAAAUCCUAAAAUGUAUUGAUUGACUUGUUAUAGCCUGGGACCAGGCUCCGCACUGGGGGAAAAUGGCGAAAAAAAUCGUUGAGGGCGAAAAAAAUGGCGUUCGAAGCGAGCUGAACGGCGGUCAGAGGAGGAAAAAGGCGACCGCUUGCCGUUUUUCUUUUUGCUGCUGCGGAACUUGAUUCCAAGCUAGGCUUGUUAAAAUUCUCUCAAGGUUUUCUUUUCUUGUGGUGGGUGAUUUUUUACAGGGAAAGUGUUUGUUGGAUUCAGUGAACAACCAAUCAGAUUCCUUCCAAGUUACAAGCAUGAUAUACAGAGUGAUACAUACGAUUCAUCAUCAAAGAAUAGAGUACCUUCCUGGACGGUGAGUUGUUACCUAUCGAAGCUGACGGGCUCGCAAGCAUUGUGCUUGUUUUUCUGGCAAAAGAUUAGCCGGUUGUCUGAUUCAACUAAACGCAAACUGUUUUGUAAUGAUUCCUGAAUCGUAUUCAUCUGAGUCUCUCCGUCGUGAAACCUAUAAAUCCCCCGUGGAAAAAAAAAAAGCGCAAAUAAACUCAGCAAUAUGAAAAAUAGCCGGGGAAAACAACCGACGUUUCGCGGGACAACCACUGGUGGAGUCGCGGAAUGUUGGCUGUCUUCUCAAGCUGGAUAAGAGAACGUGUAACGGUCAAGUUAAAAAAGAAUUUGUUCAACCUUUACUGGAAAAAGAGAAACACGUUUUGCAGUGGAGAUGUUUUCCGUUCGGCCUUUCCCCUCUCCCCGAAAAAAAUUACUUUGUCCAUGAAGUUAUGAUAACGUGGAACUUGUACAUUUCGAAAUAACGAUUUGUUUUGUUUGUUUGUUUGUUUUGCAGGACCGUAUUCUUUACCGGAGUAACGAUCUAUCAAGUAUCGAGCCAUUAAUGUACAGCAGCUGUGUAUCUGUGAAGACGUCAGAUCAUAGGUAAACUAGCUUGCGUGGCAAGCGUUAGCCUGCGUUGCAUCCAACCCUGACGCAUUUGGCCUGCGUUGCAGCCGGCCCACGCAUAGCGCGUCUGCGACGCAGAAGACGCAGACAAGGCAAGCGUCAGUUAGCUUUUUAUCGUUAGUUUUUAUGGGGUCCUCUCCCCUCUAGUGCGCGCGCGUCUUGAAAAUUUCUUCCUUUACCCUGAAAAAACUCUGCGCCUGUUACGCAGGCAACAAGACACAUCUGAGUUUUUGUCAAGCAUGUUUCUACUUUUGAGCCUUUUGGAUAAAGCAAUGAUCUGUGCCGAUGACCUGUGAAAUGUUUCGUGCAUUUUGUUUUUACCACUAGCACGAGUAAUUAGACAACUAUGAAAUACCAACACUGUGAAAUAAGAAGGAGUAUCAUUUUAAAUAAUUUUGCAGUGAGUCUUAGUACACGUCCAUGCGUUUGUGUUGUUUAUGUCUUUAUUUUUUCUUCUUACAGGCCUGUAUUUGGCAUUUAUCAAGUCAAACUUAAUCCUUGUCCCGACAGGUGAGUUGAUCAGCAUCUUAUUCUCCUUACCAGGAUCUUGCACCUUAUUCUACUACAAAGUCAAAUUAUCUAGUUAUGAGAAUAAGGAGAAUGAACACUAAAGUUAUGAUGUUCCAAUUUUUACACGAAGUUUCCUUAAUAGUGCCAAAGAAAGUGUAUUAUGAGCAGUGCUGAGAAACUGAGUCUCGACUAAUAUUUGGGACCAGUUUGUUCUUUGUUUCUUAUUUUCUUUUUUCACCCGUAAUAGAAUGCAAGUAAAGCCACUUUUUCUUUUAUUUAUCAGCAUUCCCCUGACUGGAGGACAAUACAUUCGGGAUGUUUAUGUAGAAGGUAUGUUAAACUGUUUCCAUCUUGGUCUUAAAACUACCGAGGAGGUACAUAUAACAGGUGUUAUUUUUUCGCGUUUUCCAGGCGAGCGAAGGCAAGCGCGAAGCGAGCGAGGAGCGCCAGACAUGUUGCCCGACAGGGAAAGCCCACUUGGGAUAAAACAGCGACGUUUUUCUUUUUGAAAAAAGCUGUGCUAAGGUUAUGAGAAAUAUUGUGUUCACGUGCAUGGUUCAGUUAGAGAUCCAUUUUUCUCGAGUCAACGACACACACUCAGUCAGUGUGUGGUCGUUUCCCAGGAUCGUGUCGUCUACGAAUAAAUCUUUUACAUUUAUGAACAGUACAAGCUAAGUGGAUUAAAAAGGUAGUUGACAAGACCGCUGACUUUUGUUCGUUUUUGUCGUGAAACAGCUAACCGAAGACGAGCUGCAGGACCCAGGACUGACGGACAAAGCGCUGUUUGCGUCAUUCUCUGAAGUGAACCACAUCCGGGAAACAUGCUUCCAGUUGCGACAAGUAAAACCUAUCUGUGAUGUACCUCCAACGUCAGCUCUUUAUCAUCCUCUGGAGUUAUGAAUGUAUAGAGUCACUGUGACCAAAUCCUUCUCCGCGUUCAAAAUAGGGACUUUGCCAUCGUGGCAGUGUUAAAAAUGCAGACUGCGGACUGACUGUGGACUACUGUUUUUAGGGUUAGAAUACAAUGGGACUAUUGUUGUUUCGUACUCAUUUACAUGGUGAAAACAGUAGUCCGCAGUCUGCGUUCUACAUUGACCGCUUUGCCAUCCGACAACGGUGACGCCAAUGCAAUAUCGUUCCCAGGUUUCUCCCGUACUCUUUUAUACGGGGAGAAGGAGACAACCCUGGGAACGAGGUUGAAAAAACGGAGAAGGUUCUGGAGUCAAGUUUCCGCAUGUUGAGUGUGUUGAGCAAAAGAUGAGUUUAAUGAAUUUCCAAAUAUGAACAGAGCAAGGUCAGCAAGUGUAGAAACAUAUAUUUCAACGGUUCGUAGUGAUGUUAGUAGUUUUACAGUGUGUUGCGUUAUCAUUAAUCCUGGUUUCGCACAGGUUUCGUUCGUUGAAAAUUUACUUUUGGAUCUUUUAUUUUUGAUUGUACAUAAGAUAAAAUUAAUAUCAGCGAAAUAAAGGUCGCUGCCGCAUGCAUACGUAAUAAAAUCAAGGACCCUUUCAUGAUGUAAAUAGUCCAAUAGUUGAAAAGUAGUCAACCCAAAG